AUGUCCAAAGACGCCAAGAUCGUAGUGGUGGGUGCUGGAUUUGCAGGUUUGACCGCGGCAUCCAAUCUGAUCCAGGCUGGUUUCCGGGAUGUCAAGAUACUCGAGGCGAAAGGCCGAAUAGGAGGCCGAGUCUGCACCACUAAACCGUUUACUCAGAAUAUUAUCGAGCUGGGGGCCAACUGGAUCCACGGACAGAAGGAAAACCCUCUUUAUAAACUUGCAAAAGAGCAAAAACUGCUUGCUGAAAAAUCUUUAAAUGUCAGCGUUGAGAAUUCUCGUGACUACUUUUUUAGGGAGGGUGGAAAAUACCUGCCUGAAGAUUUUGCCGACAAGGUCACCACGCUGUUCGAGAAACUUCUGGACAAGGCCCAUGAGUCGAAGUUGGCGCAGAAGUACAGAUCGCUUUCCCUGGGCGAUUACCUCGACGUUGCCUUUGCUGAAAGUUCUCUGGCAUCUACACCACAUGGCUCGAGAAUUUUCGAGUGGUGCAAGAAAGGCGAGUGUGCGGACGAGGCGGUUACGUCCCUCUUUCAAGUUUCUGCAUCACAGGAGAGCGAAUAUAUUUCACUAGAUGGAGAGUUUUAUAACUCUCUGGGUCCUGGAGGGUACCAGGCAAUUUUAGACAUCCUUCUGGAGGAUAUUCCUAGAGAAAACAUCCUGACCAAUGUACCAGUAAAGAGCAUUCAGUGGGACCUGGAGGAUGAAGAAGAGGACGAAGACGAAGAUGAAGAAGAGGACUAUCCUGUACGAGUGAUCUGUGAGAACGGUCAGAUCUUUGAAGCCGAUCAUGUGAUCGUGACCGUAUCUCUGGGGGUCUUGAAAAGAGCUAAAACCAUGUUUAAACCAGCCUUACCAAAACCUAAGCUAGAUGCUAUUGAGAGACUCGGCUUUGGUACAGUGGACAAGAUCUUCCUGUGUUUCAGCCAGAGGUUUUGGCCAGAAGAUUGUGCAGGAAUCCAGCUUGCGUGGGAUGAAGGACCUGAGGAUAAAGCCGUCUAUACUGCUCAAUUAAAAGGAGAUGAAUGGAAAAAGACCUGGUUUAAGAAAAUCAGUGGAUUUGACACUGUGGCGCGUCACCCUACAGUGUUGUGUGGAUGGAUCACAGGCAGGGAGGCUCUUCAUAUGGAGACCCUGCAGGACAGUGAGGUUAAAGAUACCUGUGUGAGAUUGCUCAGGUCCUUCACUAACUUGUCUGUUCCUGAGGUGUCCCAAGUCCUAAUCACCAGGUGGGGUCACGACCCGGAGGUCCUUGGCUCUUAUUCCUUUGUUCCCGAGGGGGUGAACGGAGUGAAAAAUCAAAAUGAUCUGGCAUCGCCUCUUCCUCCACAAAAUGAGGCCUCAGACAAAGAGCCUCUGCAGGUCCUGUUUGCUGGUGAAGCCACUCAUGUGAACUUCUACACCACCACCCAUGGUGCCUAUCUGUCUGGAGUCAGAGAAGCCAAGAGAAUCAUUAAACACUACUCACGUUAA